GUCAACCAAAUCCCAAAGAAGAAGGUCCAGUGACCACAACCUUGUUGCUCCUAUCUGUGUUAUUACCGCUAAGAGUUUUGUCCCCGUAACUUCGAGUAUCAGCGGCUGUCCCAGCUGCUGUGAUGUCGUCCACUUGGUGGGGGCUGGUGAAAAAUGGUAGUGCACAUCAUGUGGACAAUAGCAGUUGUUUCAGCUCCACACAAAGCACCGUCCUCAAGGGAAACAGCUUUGGAGGGGUGCCUGUUGUACUGCUGCUGGACUUCAGCUUCUUCUUGGUGUUGCUGAUCCUCUUCUCCGUCAUCAGGAGGAAGCUGUGGGACUAUGGCCGCCUGGCGCUGAUCUCUGACAGGGAAGGGUCCGUUAUGACAUCAAACAGUAUAACUUCCUGUUGAAACCUGAGAAAAACAAUAUAAACACACCUACCUAAAGGCAUAUGACUACAAAUAAUUCUGCAGUUCAGUGAGACAUCACACCGCCGCUAUGGGAGAAUGUCGUCCUGUGUGUCCAACGUGGAGGAGCCGGAGCACGAAUUGGGAUGCUGCUCCUGGCUUCCCUACAUCAUCAGAAUGGAUGAGGAGAUGGUGAAGGCGCGUUGUGGGAUCGACGCUGUCCACUACCUGUCCUUCCAGCGUCACCUGAUCACCCUCCUGGUGCUGGUUACCGUCAUCUCUGUGACUGUCAUCCUGCCUGUCAACCUGUCUGGUAACCUGCUAGGAAAUGACCCGUACAACUUCGGAAGGACUACUGUGGGUAAUCUUCAGAAGGAUAAUAACCUGCUGUGGAUACACACAGUGUUUGCAGUCAUCUACCUGAUCUUGACAGUGUUACUGCUGAGGCGACACACCUCCCAGAUGAAGGGCAUGGGCAGAGGGCUGACCAGAAACACCCUGUUUGCGUCUUCCGUCCCCAAAGAUGCCAGUGAAGAGGACAUCAGGACCCACUUUACUGAGGCCUACCCUACCUGCCGUGUGUGUGAAGUGCACCUGACAUAUGAUGUGGCCAAGCUGAUGCACCUGGACAAGGAAAGGAAGCGAGCAGAGAAAAACCUGCGCUACUACGAGCGGGUACUUCAGCGAGGGGGCCAGAGGGAGGUGAUCAACCCCCGUCUAUGUGGUCACAUCUGCUGCUGCCGCACCCGCAACUGUCAGGAGGUAGAUGCCAUAGAGUACUUCCGUGGCCACGCGGCAGGUCUGUUGGAGGAGGUGAGGAUGCAGAGAGAGCUUGUGCCACAGUACCCUCUAGGGAUGGCCUUCGUCACUCUGCAGUCUGAGGCAAUGGCCACAUACAUUCUGAAGGACUUCAACGCCCUGGACUGUGGAAAUGGGGACAGCGCAGUGAGGUGUGGGUGUGGCCGAGAGCCCCAGCCUUCGUCCUGUAGCGCGGCUCUGAAAGUGAGGAACUGGAGGGUUGACUACGCCCCUCAUCCCAGAAACGUGUACUGGGACAACCUUUCAGUGCAGGGCUUCCGCUGGUGGUUCCGAUGCCUGCUGCUCAACUUCUUCCUCUUCUUCCUUCUCACCUUCCUCACCACUCCCUCCAUCAUCAUAAGCACCAUUGACAAGUUCAACGUCACCAAGCCCAUCUACUACCUCAACAGUGCUGUGGUCAGUCAGUUUUUCCCCACUCUGCUUCUGUGGUCCUUCUCUGCCCUGCUGCCCACCAUAGUGUACUACUCAACUCUGGGAGAGUGCCACUGGAACAGGUCCAGGGAGCAGUUGAUUAUGAUGCACAAGCUAUACAUCUUCCUCCUGUUCAUGGUUCUGAUCCUGCCCUCUCUUGGACUCACCAGUCUGGCUGUGUUCUUCCGCUGGCUGUUUGACAAAGAGUUUCUGGCUGAUGGGAAGCUAAGGUUUGAGUGUGUGUUCCUGCCUGACCAGGGGGCGUUCUUUGUGAACUAUGUCAUCACGGCGGGCCUGGUGGGCUCUGGGAUGGAGCUGCUGCGGUUGCCUGGGUUACUGCUCUACACCAUCCGCAUGGCGCUGGCUCGCUCCGCCGCAGAGAGGAAGUAUGUCAAACAGAACCAAGCGUAUGAGUUUGAGUACGGAGCCAUGUACGGGUGGACCCUGUGUGUGUUCACUGUCAUCAUGGCUUACAGCAUCACCUGCCCUGUCAUAGUGCCUUUCGGUCUGCUGUACCUGAUGCUGAAGCAUCUAGUGGACAAACACAACCUGUACUUUGCCUACCUGCCCGCCCGCCUGGACAGACAGGUGCACCUGGGAGCUGUCAAUCAAGCCCUGGCUGCACCCAUCAUCUGCCUCAUCUGGCUCUAUUUCUUCUCCGUCCUCCGGACAGGGUUCAUGGCGGACACAUCUCUCUUCACUCUGGUGGUCCUGUGUGUAACUGUCUGCAUCUGCAUCAGCUACAGCUGCUUCGGACACUUCAAGUACCUCAGCCCUCACAACUACAAGUUGAAGGAGGAUGAGGAUGCCUUGGAUGGAUUGGCGGACAGCGACAUGGUCUACCUUCCAAGGGUGCUUAGAUCCGAGUCCCCUGAGUCCCCGGCCACAUCACCAGAUGGGUGUAAAACCCCCCAGUCAUAUGGGACCACAGACAGCAGCCCAGCCUGUCAGAGCCCAGUAGAUGAUGAACUGUUGAUGAACCCCUGAAUUUAAAAUAUCUUCCCCUUCUUUUUGAUAUUUUCUGGAGUCCUGGAGGCAUCCAGUCCCAGAACUGAGGUGAUGGCGUAGGGGAGUUUAUCCCCAAAUCUAUUGCUGUACCAUCCAACACAGGCCCUUCAAAUACCCCUAAAAUGCAUUCUUUCUCUCUCCUGUCAUCAAGCUUAGCAUGUAUCUGAUAUCAAUAGAUUGGUCCAAGUAGAGUCUUUGCUUUCACUUAUUCAAUAGUGCUCCAUCAUUGAUUCUUUCCAGGAGGGGAGGAGAGAAGAAAUUGUUACGGGCCUCUGAGACAACUCUGCCAAGGCUCCACCGAGAGCUGGCAGCCACUCAGGAGCCAAGCCUUCUGUCAGAAAUGCCCAAAUCUGACCCUUUUCCUAAGACCUUCCUAUGAGGACUGCCUUGGCUAAAGACUAUUCAGCACCAAUACAGUUUUUUUUUUUGCCCAAAAUUGCUUUUAUAGCAUAAUGUUGGGAAAAACUGCCAUGCCAUGCAUUUCCACUGAGUUUGCGUUUUAAUAUCCAGGAUGCCAGAAUAGAAGGCAUUUUGGUUCUCUGACCAUCAGAGGGCACUCUUGUUGUACGGCAGUUAAGUGUCCACCUUAAAUUACUUGUACUGAACCAGGGCCUUUCAAAUCUGGACCUCAAGGUUUGAUGAUAUAAAAACUAUUUUUACAAAUAGUUUUUGUAUUUUUUAACAAGGAACUUUUAUUUCAUUUUGACUGAAUCAUGUUUUAACAAAUGUUUUAUAUUAAGCUGAUAUAUUUAACAUAUUAUAGAUUUUUAAUUAUCAGGAUUUUGAACCAUGACACAAUCUGAACAUGAAUUGACAUAACUAUUGAUGAAUGAGAGUAGGCCUAUUUAUGUGAAUAUGAACAGCAUGGAACUUCUCAGUGUUAAAUAUAUUGCUUUAAAAUGUUAAAUGUUUGAUACAUUA